AUGAAAUCAAGAAACUCCAAGAUUUCUCCAAUGGCGACGCAGCUAUUCUUGAUCAUCGCCGGAAUCCUAGUCUUGAGCGCCGCCGCCUCCGCCCCACCCAACAUCGGCAGCAUCCUCUCGACGCUGGGUUUCGAAGAGCUCUCCGCCGCAGCGAGCGCGGCAAACCUCUCCUCGGGCGGGCCCACGACGAUCUUCGCCCCCACCGACGCCUCGCUCGACACGUGUCCGACCUGCUCCACCUCUCUCCUCCUCCAAGAACACUCGGUGCCGGGGCUCUACCCGCUCCACUUCCUCCGCCGCUUCGCAUUCGGCACCAAGAUCGAGUCUUUCGCGGCCAACCGCUGCCUCACGGUCACGGCCUCCGCGGACCCCACCACCGCCAGGAAAAAGGUCUUCAUCAACGGCGCCGAGAUCGCCAAGCCCGACUUCUUCAACAACGGCCUCGUCGUCGUCCACGCCAUCCAGGGCUACGUCUCCCACCUCUCCCCGCUAUCCUGCGCCGUCGAGGCCAUGACCACUUUAUCCUUCCCCCACCGCGCCGCCACCCUCUCUAUCAUGCGCUUCAUGCUAAAAGACGCCAUGCGCGCCCUCCGCGUCGGCGGCUACAGCAUCGUCGCGCUCUCCAUCCGCCUCAAGUUCCCUCAGCUUCUCGAGCUCAACUCGCUCACCCUCUUCGCCGUCGACGACGUCUCCGUCUUCGUCCGCGGCGGGGGCGGGGGCGGCGGGCAGCUCUACGUGGCGGAGAUGGGAUUCCACAUUGUUCCCAACAGGCUGCUUACGGCUGCGGAUUUGAUGACCCUCAAAAACGGCACGGUGCUGCCCACGAUGGAGCGCGGCCGGGAUCUGGUGGUGACGAGCGCCGGAGGAGGCGGGCCGCUGGCGCCCAUGCGGAUUAAUUUUGUGAAGGUGGAUAGAUUUGAUCUGGUGGUUAACAAGAGGGUGGCUGUUCAUGGACUGUCGAUGCCGUUCCGUGACGUUGACCGGAAGUGGUUCUCCGGCCAAGAAUUGGGUUCGGUCGCGGCCGGAGUUCCGGUGAUGCAAUAGUUUCCCGGCCAAGAUGCAUAUAUAGUCAUUGCUAGUGAUUUUUGAUGACUUUUGAGUUUAAGAGCAAUUUCUAAUUGCAGUUUUUUGUCAGACUUGUAGAUAUGCAUUGUUGGUUUUAUACCAAUUCAAUUGAUUGAGAGUA